AUGGCGCGCCACUGUGCGUUGUCAGUGGCGGCAGCUAUUCGUAGCAAACCUAUGGAGUACGGCACGCUGAAGGAACCGCUUAAGGUCUCCAGAUUGAAAGGCUACCAUAAAGAAUUGUGGGUUGAAGAUCGUGGCCUUACGGACGAACAGCUACAAAAGCUCAUGGAUCAGAUUGAGUCUGCACAACGCCGCAAGCAGCAACAACUAGCCGAGCUACUGGGCUCUACCAAUGGAAAUGAAGUUGCUUUCCCUGCACACCCAGAGCACCAAGCAGCAUCGCAUCGGUUCACGUUGCUAGCCACGAAGUACAAGGUGCUAGAUCGCGAAUACCAAAUCCUGAAGCAGCAGCUUGCUGACGCCAAGCAGUCUUUAAGCGCAUACUCCGACCUGGAGAAACGCCAUGACAAGCUCACCUUGUACAAUCUGCUUUAGUACAGCGCCUACAGUGUGGAAAGGAGCAAGCAACCGCUCUUAAGAAAGCAUUACGGAUGCAGGAGAAAGUGAUUCGUCAAUUUGAACAGACACUCGCACAGCAGUCAAAAGAAAUACCAGAGCGACCAUCAACACGUCUGCACGCACCGGAGGCCGAUACACCAGAUAUCAACGGUGGAGAUGGUGGAACGCGGGAGGUU